AUUUAAUUCUCCAAUAAGAGGCCUCUCCCACUUGUGAUUGUCUCACCACUAGGCACCGGGGGUCACAUCGUACCUAAAUCGUAUAAUUUUAAAAUAUGAUCUCAAAUAGUCAACCCACCAUAACAAAAACCCUAUUCUCCUGCAUGUAUAAAUAUCAAUGUCUUAAACUCUUAUCUUUUUCCCUUUAAGGGUACUUAACUAAACCCAUCAACGCUUGUUACGAUUAGUUGCAAAGCUCAUAAUAAAACCAAUAUGGGGAUAAACUCUAAGCAUGUUGUGGUUGUUAUUAUGGUGAUGAUGGUCAUUAUAAGCUCAUGUUUGGCUGCAAGGAAUAUAAUUCCCCGGGAAACUAAUCAAGAAAGCGAAAAAGUGUCCCGAGAGAUGAUCAUAGGGAAAGAAGAAGACUCUACUGAGAAAAUAGAGCACCCAAGAAGCAGCGUGGAGAAUCACCAUUAUAUCCCAAGACAAGAUUUCUACAACUAUGGACCUGGAGGCGAAAAUAAUGGAGGAGGUGGUGGUGGUGGAUAACUCAAAAGAAAUCGCGAAAACGAUAUCAAUAUGAAUAUAUAGAUGUUAAAGAAAAAAAAAAUUAUAAAAAUAAAACCUAUGAAUAUGAGGCAAUCCUUCUAUAAAUCUGAACCUCUUAAUGCUUUAUUAAGAAUGUCUAAUUAUGUUCGAUUAUUGUAUUAUCUUUUUUUUGUUCCCUAUGUAUAACUGAGUAAUUCUAUUUUGAAAAAUACUUUCUUGCACUUUUU